UUUCCGUGCUGGGUGUGAUGGAGCUCACAGUAACUCUUAUUAUCGACUAUUAUCGAUUAACUUUUGUUUUGAUUAUUUUGAUAUUAAAUGAAGUGAAAUAAUGUCUUUUAGCGCUGCGCUGAAAACCGGAAGUUCUCCUCACGCUGGUCUUGCCGACGGGGAGCACAAACAGGAAGUGAUGAACUCCGCCGGUCACUCUUUAAGGCUGGACGGGCAAACAGAGCGCAGCGACGCUUUAGCGCUGAUUUAGCGCUGAAAUCCCGUUUAAUAUGGCUUUAAAGAUCUGCUGUCGGCUGGCGCGGCGCCUCGCGCGUGCUGUGGGGCGGAGAGACGGCUUUGCUGCAGGACCUCCCGCGCGGCGCUCGGCGGCGGGUUUACAGUACCAAUAUGCUGUUGCAAAGCAGAGGCCUUCGUGUUCCUGGCGAAGCCUCUGUUCAGCUAGCCAGUCGUCUCCAGUGGUGACUUAUGAAGAGUUGAAGAAGCUGCUAGUAGCCAAGUCGGGUGUGGUCGUAGACGUACGAGAGCCCUGGGAGCUAAGAGAGUAUGGCAAUAUCCCCGGGUCCAUUAACGUCCCCUUGGGGCAGGUGAACGGUGCUCUGCAGCUCAAACCAGAAGAGUUUAAGGAGAAGUAUGGAGGCAGCAUGCCUUCGACCACCGAAAACGUGGUCUUCACCUGUCUGGCGGGAGCCAGGAGUAUCAAAGCGUUGGAGGCUGCCGUGUCUUUAGGAUACUCCAAUGCUCAGCACUACCCUGGAGGAUGGCAAGACUGGGCCAAGCAUGAAAUCCUGCAGACCAAAGACUGACAUCCUCUUUAUGGUAGCACUGUGAUUUUAAUAUAAAAAUGAUUAAUAAUAUGAAGCUUGCUGUGGACACUCCUCUGCAUUUAGUGUUAAAGGACAAAAGAAACUGGACAGGAAACAAGAGGAACUGCUUGGAAUGAGGUGCACCAACACUACUGACUGAUAUUUUGUCAUAGUUAUGGUAGAAUUUUAACUUUAACAGUGUAAGACUAUCGAGGAUUCGAUACAGCGGAACAGUGCGAGUGAUUUCAGCUGUUGUAGUGGUUUCAUUAAUGUACCAUAAUUAGUCAAAAA